AUGGCCAGGAGUCGGCCUGCAUCCCGCUGGACGCCACUGCUCUCCUUGGUCGUACUCAUCGCAUUCAUUGUUGCCCCCGGAUUGGCCGUGAAGCAUGAAAAUUUUAAAACUUGCGACCAAUCCGGCUUCUGUAGACGAAACCGAGCCUACGCCGAUAAUGCCUCCGGUCAAGGCGCGUCCUGGAGCUCCCCCUACGAGCUUGAUCCUGCCACUAUUCACUUCAAGGAUGGCCAGUUGACCGGAGUCCUCAUAAAAACAACCUCGGCCAAUGAAAAAGUUCAUUUGCCUCUUGCCCUUUCCUUUUUGGAAUCCGGUGCCGCUCGCCUGCUUGUCGAUGAGGAGAAGCGCUUGAAGGGCGAUGUCGAAGUCCGACAUGGCAGCAAGGCAAAUAAGAAGCGUUAUGAUGAGGCCGAGAAAUGGGUUAUUGUUGGCGGUCUGGACGCUAGCAGGUCCGCGACUCUGAACGCCCAAUCCGAGACAGGUUUCACGAAGGUCCUGUAUGGACCCGAGAACAAAUUUGAGGCGAUCAUUCGUCAUGCGCCGUUUGAGGUCGAAUUCCAGAGAGAUGGCCAGACCCAUAUCCAGCUGAACCACCAAGGCUUCUUAAACAUGGAACACUGGCGGCCGAAGGUGGAGGGCAAGGACGGAGAGUCCGGAGAAGACGAGAGCACUUGGUGGGAGGAGAGCUUCGGCGGAAACACCGACUCCAAGCCUCGCGGCCCCGAGAGUAUUGGUCUUGAUAUCACCUUCCCCAGUUACAACCAUGUCUUCGGCAUUCCCGAGCACGCGGACUCGCUUUCCCUUAAAGAGACGCGAGGUGGUUCUGGUAAUCAUGAGAACCCUUACCGCAUGUACAACUCGGAUGUCUUCGAAUAUGAGCUCGACAGCCCUAUGACCCUGUAUGGAUCGAUUCCGUUCAUGCAGGCCCACCGGAAGGGCUCGACCGUCGGUGUUUUUUGGCUCAAUGCUGCGGAAACUUGGGUCGACAUCGUUAAGAAGAGUGCAUCAUCCAACCCGCUCUCCAUGAGUGCCAAUUCGAAGACCAACACUCAUACUCACUGGUUCUCCGAGGCUGGCCGGAUCGAUCUUUUCGUCUUCUUGGGUCCCACGCCUCAGGACCUCAGCAAGACAUAUGGCGAACUCACUGGCUAUACUCAGCUUCCCCAGCACUUUGCCAUCGCUUACCACCAGUGCCGCUGGAACUAUGUUACUGACGAAGAUGUGAAAGAAGUGGAUGCCAAGUUUGACAAGUACCAGAUACCCUAUGAUGUGAUCUGGCUCGACCUGGAAUACACCGACGACCGGAAGUACUUCACCUGGGACCCUCUCACCUUCCCCAACCCAAAGGGCAUGCAGGAGAAGCUUGCUGCGUCCGAGCGGAAGCUCGUGGUUCUUAUUGAUCCUCAUAUCAAGAACAAGGAGAACUAUUAUGUUUCACAGGAACUAAACAGCAAGGGCCUUGCUGUUCUGAACAAGGACGGCGAAGUAUAUGAUGGAUGGUGCUGGCCCGGUUCCUCGAACUGGGUUGAUUGCUUUAACCCUGCUGCAUCCCCGUGGUGGAGUAGCCUCCACAAGUAUGACAGGUUCAAAGGUUCCAUGCCCAACCUGUUUAUCUGGAACGACAUGAACGAGCCCUCAGUUUUCAACGGCCCGGAGACUACCAUGCCUAAGGACAACCUGCACUAUGGCAACUGGGAGCACCGUGAUGUUCACAACGUGAAUGGUAUGACCUUGGUGAAUGCCACGUACCAAGCCAUGUUGGAGCGCAAGAAGGGUGAGGUCCGUCGUCCUUUCAUCCUGACUCGCUCAUACUUCGCGGGAGCCCAGCGCAUGUCGGCUAUGUGGACUGGAGACAACCAGGCCACCUGGGACCAUCUGGCCAUCUCCCUUCCCAUGGUUCUGAACAACGGCAUUGCUGGUUUCCCCUUCGCGGGGGCUGACGUCGGUGGUUUCUUCCACAAUCCUGACAGGGACCUUCUGGCCCGCUGGUACCAAGCCGGUAUCUGGUAUCCCUUCUUCCGUGCCCACGCCCACAUUGAUACCCGCCGUCGCGAGCCCUAUUUGAUCAGUGAGCCACACCGAACCAUCAUCUCCCAGGCCAUUCGCCUGAGAUACCAGCUUCUGCCCGCUUGGUACACCGCUUUCCAUGAAGCCUCCGUCAACGGCACUCCCAUUGUGCGUCCUCAGUACUACGUCUUCCCCGAUGAUGAGGAGGGCUUUGCCAUCGACGACCAGCUGUAUCUCGGCGACACUGGUCUUCUCGCCAAGCCUGUCGUGAAAGAGAACACCUUUACCACCGACAUUUAUAUCGCUGACGACGAGAAAUACUAUGACUACUUCGAUUUCACAAUCUAUCAGGGCGCCGGCAAGCGACACACUGUCCCCGCCCCCGAGGACAAGAUCCCCCUGUUGAUCCAGGCCGGUCACGUUGUUCCUCGCCGGGACCGUCCUCGUCGCAGCAGCGCUCUGAUGCGCUGGGACCCCUACACCUUUGUCAUCACUCUGGACAAGAACGGCGAGGCUGACGGUACUCUCUACGUGGACGAUGGCGAGACCUUCAACUACGAGCGUGGCGGCUACAUUCACCGCCGCUUCCAGUACCGGGACUCGAUCCUGUCGUCGGAAGAUAUUGGCACUAACGGUGCCAAGACCGCCGAGUAUUUGAAGACCAUGGCAGCUGUGACUGUGGAGCGAGUGAUUGUCGUUGAUCCUCCAGCCUCGUGGAAGGACAAGAGUAGUGUGACCAUCAUCGAGGAUGGGGCUAAGGCUGGAUCCACGGCCUCGCUGGAGUACUUCGAGCAGAAGGGCGGCAAGGCGUCGUAUGCUGUUGUCAAGAGCCCGAAUGUUGGCAUUGGAAAGACAUGGCGGAUAGAGUUUUAA